GUGAGGUUAUCAUUGUACAUAAAUUCUCUUUUCUUCAAGCUUCUUAUGGUUUACUGUGCUUUAUUUAUUAUUUGUAAAUGUGUGAUGUUAGUAGCAUAUAAUAAUAAGUCCUUUUCUUAAAAAUGGUUUCUUGUUCAGUGAGAGGCUGCAAAAGGGAUUCGAGACGAAUCCCUCGAAACAAAGGACUGAAAUUUUAUUCUUUUCCCAAGAAUCCAGAGCUGCAAUUUCAAUGGGAAAAAUUCUGUGACUCCCAUAAACAGAUAAAUUUAAAAACAGCACGGAUCUGCUCUCGCCAUUUCGAAAAAAAGUAUUAUUUCAAACGUCCCAUUGAUAUAGCCUUAGGUUUAUCAUGUCCCGUUUUCUUCCGAAACUUAUCUGAAGAUGCUGUGCCGACCUUAAAUGGCCCUCCAAAAGAAGGAGAAGAAAAUGAAAGGACUGAAGAUGAAAAUUCUAUCGCUAGCAUCGACAAUCCUGAAGUGUACCCUGAAAGUUCAGAUUCCACCACUGAACCUCCAAGGUACAUCUUCAGCGGUGAAGUAGCAGCCCGACUGUUAGAAUCAGCAGCUGAAACAAAAGCUGACUUUACUGGAGCCCGAAAGACUGAGCCAUUGGCUUUACCACCACCCGUCAAAAAAAUAAGGAAAGUGCGACCCAAAAGUCCCAAUCCAAAAAAGGUUUCUGAAGAAGCUCCUUUUAUGUCAUUUUUCUCAGACUAUUCAACUUUGAAAGAAAAAAUAGGCAACUGUGAUGAGAUAAUUGCACAAAAUGAGGAAGUUGUUGAACCAAAGGAUUCAUCAGCAGCGAAUUCACAGUAUAUAAUUUUGAAGCGAUCUGUAUGGAGGGCAACAGAAGACAGACUGCAAAAGCAUUUUAAGAAGUCACUAGAAAAGAAUGACAUGGAAGACAGCUACAACAAAAUUUUGGAAGAAAAUGAGCAGUUAAAGGAACGACUAGCGAAAAUAACCCAAGGUAACGGAGGUGGGCUUCACGCAAUGAAGGCACGAAUUGCAGACCUAGAAGAUGAAAAUUUACUCCUAAAAAAUGAAAACAGUGCUUUAAGAAGGGAUAAAGAAAAACUUGAGGAAAGAACAAAGAAGCAUGCUAUGCAACUCAAGCAGUUUUUUACAACAGGGCAACUGAAAAGAAUGUUCAGUGAAGACCCUUCGAGGCAUUUUCGAUGGUCUGCUGAAGAUAUAGCUGAAGCUUUAGUAUUGAAAUCUCAAAGCAUUAAGGCUUACAAAUUCGUUCAUAAUAAAUUUGGAUUUCUUCUGCCUGAUCUAAGCACACUUAGGCGUUGGGUGAGGACAAAGAGAAAAAUGAUUGAGGAAAGGCUUAGUAGUAACCCCGGCUCAGAGGCUGUAAGUGAUGAGGAUCGGGCUGUUGAAAACCUGAUCCUCUUGUAUGACCAAACUGAGGAAGGCGAUGAAAAUCUAGAAAGUGGUAUAAGUGUGGAAGUUGAUGAAAAUUUGAGCAAUGUCGAACUCGAAGGACAAGUUAUUGAAUUCACAAUAAUAGAUGGCCAGCAAUUUGAUGAGCUUCAAGUCACAGAACAGCAUGAUGAGCAGUUUGAUGAACUCCAAGUUACAGAACAGAUUUGAUUUUGUCAAGGAAGCGAAUAAAGAAAUUCCUGUGCUGUGUCCCUACAAAUUAGUUUAUUUGAUAUAAGUUCAAAUAAAGGAGUCCAAAUUUUCAGAAAAUGUUGAAAGAUUUCAAGUUUUCGGAAGAUUUAAAACAAGUCCACCUUUUAUUUUUGGUUCAGUGUGAUAAAUACCAUUAUCUCUUUUUUUUAAUAUUUAUAUACAUGUAUUAGAGACCUGCUUCAGGCAAUUUUUAUUUCCAUACACUUCCUACGAAUUCCACUUAUAGACAUCGAAACAUACACAAAAAAUACCUUGACACAUAUGUUUAAAGUGCUAAUCAAACAUUUUUAAGGCUUUGGCAUGCUUAUGGUUAUGAAUAAAAAAAGGAAAUUUGUUUUCCUGUAGAGAGAACUGGGCAUCAAUUGAUGUCAAAGUGAAAUAUCUCCAUGCUUGUAGUGUUCAUCUUGUUAAUCAUAGCAUUUUAUCCCACGUUCUAUUCAAAUAGAUCAGAAUAGUUCAGAAGGUAUCAUGGUGUGUCAAAUUAAGAGCCUUCAAGAGGGAGCCAAGUCCAGUGCAAAAAAAGAGAUAUGUUGGCAGACUUCUACAUUUAUGCUCAUUAAGAACGUUUUUAGUUUCAGUAUUUUAAUUUGAAUGAUUUACAAGUCUUUUUUUUUGUGGAUUGUAAAGAAUGUAGAUAGAAUUUGGUAAAAAAAUAUAUUCUUUUUUGGUUUUUCUGUGAGUAUUUGAAAAGGAGCUAUAUAAAUUAAAGUACAGAAAGGAACCAACAGUGGAUUUCUUUGUGGUUGCUCGGUUAUGAAAUUAAUGUCACAACCUAAGUGCAACCCUAAUGCCUAGGUGCAACUUGAUUAAAUUGUCCCUACUGGAGAUAUCUGCCCACCAACCAAUGAGCAAACCUUCUGUUCCUCAGAACUCUCGUUCUUUUUUGCGGAACUCUACCCUGGUGUCAACUCUAUGUUCAGAGGAAUAAAAUAGUGGAUUUUUAAUUUAUUUUCCUUGUUAUGCAAUUUUAUUAUUGUUUCAGUUGCAAAAUCUGUAGCAAUGGUUAUUAACUGGAGCUCUUUGUGUUUCAAACAUUAGUUCGUAGUUCCUAUGAAACUGCACUGUCUGUACCCUUUAUUUGCGUCUGUAAUGUAUAAAGAAUCUGUUACAUUUAGUCACCAUCUAAAAGCUAUUUUGAAGAUUUAUAUCAGGGAUUUUGAAGUCAGUGACAAUGCUUCAGUAUCAUUGCUGGCACUUCAUGUGUGACUUGUUCUCAGAAGAAAGUUAGGAUGUGGAUGAGGCCUUACAAGAGCAAUGCUGCAAAAUAAAUUUUACUCAUCAACAAUUUAUCCAAA